GUAGAGUCGAGAAUCAGCCACUUUACCCUAGGUCGAGAGUGAGUUGGCGAGCGAGAGCGGGAGAUUGACGAGAGAGGGAGAGGGAAGCGGGCUUGACGAGAGAACGGUAAAAGUGCUAGAGUUAGUUGCUCACGAUCAAUUGUAGAGAACGGUUGAAUAAAAUUAGUUGGUGCGUGCGAGUCAAAAGUGAUUUGUUUUAAAUUCUACAAGUGGUCCGAAAGUGAGCAGUUUUAUUCCCCCCCGGCGGAUUCUACAUUUGGCGCAGCCGGUAAGUAAUUUAAAAGAACCUGAGAGUGGAGGCCAUUUGAGGAAGAGCCUGAGACUGGAGGCCUCAGGGAACGUGCACCAGGUUGAAGGUCGCCUGCUGCUUUGGGAAGGUGUUUUUUUGCCGGGGACAGUUUCUUUUGUUUUUUGUUAUAAUGAGGCCUAAAAAAAAAAAAACGGGUUUUUUAUCGAUGAAAUCAUUGGUUUUAGCAAAAUAAUUUAUAGUCAAAAUGGCGGCUGUGAAGCGCGUUUUUUUUUCCUUCUAGUAUUGGUGAGGUGAAAGAACAAAGUCUUUAGGCUACCACUCAUACUAGUGCGUAUCAAGUUGAAGACUGGGACGUGCGAAAACGCACACUAAAGUGACCUUGCUGAAGACUAUCGCACAAACACAGUUAAAUACAGUGAAAAUACAAACAAAGUGACCUGGUUGAGGGCCGCGGCACACAAAAACAGUGGCGUUCCCAGUUGAGGACUGGGGCGCGGAAAAAAAAUAGAAAAAGUGACCCGGUUGAGGGCCGCGGCACACAAAAACAGUGGCGUUCCCAGUUGAGGACUGGGGCGCGGAAAAAAAAUAGAAAAAGUGACCCGGUUGAGGGCCGCGGCACAAAAAAAAACAGUGGCGUUCCCAGUUGAGGACUGGGGCGCAGAAAAAAUAGAAAAAGUGACCCGGUUGAGGGCCGCGGCACACAAAAACAGUGGCGUUCCCAGUUGAGGACUGGGACGCGGAAACAAAAAAAUAGAAAAAGUGACCCGGUUGAGGGCCGCGGCACACAAAAACAGUGGCGUUCCCAGUUGAGGGCUGGGACGCGAAAAAAAAACAAAAAAAAAAGUGACCCGGUUGAGGGCCGUGGCACGCGCACAUAGUGAUGUUCCCAGUUGAGGACUGGGACGUGAAAAUGAAAUCAAGUGACCCGCACACAGCGGCGUUCCCAGUUGAGGGCUGGGGCGCAGGAAAAUCAGACCAAGUAAUCCGGUUGAGGGCCGUGACACACGCAAUGAUGGUCUUAGCUGAUAACUGAAACAUGAAAAUUAAACUGUUUUGUUUUCAAUUGUGGGUUAGAAACGGAAAGCUUAAUGAUGUGAUGUUUGGAGCAAUAUAAGCAAAAAAAAAAAAAAAAAAAAAAACGAUUGAAUUUGUUAUUUUUUUGCAGAUGGAUUCCGACAAGCAGUGGCCGUUGGAAUCGUUCAACGACUCGGUCGACGUGUCCGACCUGCGUCGUGAAUGGGAGGAAUGGUUUAGGGCAUUCGAACUUGUCCUGGAGACAAAGAAUGUUUACGCUCAACAUGAUAAGCUGGUGUUGCUGCUAUCUCGCGGUGGUCGCGGGCUACAGCGAAUCUACUACAACUUGAGACCGGUGCCAGAUGAAAUCCACCCGGCGCCUGCCGUGAUACCCUUUGCGCCGAAGGAGACACCGGAAUACGACAACGCGAUCAAGCGCUUGAAUGCUUUCUUCGUCGGUAAACGCAACGAGAGAGUCGAACUGGAGGAGUUCCGCUCGUUGAAACAACGAACUGGCGAAUCGUUCAAGCAAUUUGUGCUGAGACUACGAGCGCAAGCAGCCCGCUGUGAAUUUUACGACCGUGAAGAGAAGGAGAUUCUGCAUCAAGUAACGAUGGGUGCAAGUGAUGAACGCGUUCGGGACAAGGGUCUUGAAAAUGUCAUGAACCUGGAUGAGCUCUCUAACUAUGCUUUGAACAGAGAACUGAUGCUCAAACAAAAAGCUAAGUCUCACCCGUUCGGGUCGGAGCCGUCGACCAGUCUGGCUUACGUGAAGCAGGAAUCAAGUGUGGGAGGACGUGCCGGAUCGUACGGUGGCGCAGGGCGACGUGAUGAGCCAUACCGAGGUCCUGGGGGACGUAAUGAGCUGUAUCGCGCUGCUGGAGGACGUAAUGAGCCGUACCGUGGUGCUGGAGGACGUAAUGUUCCGUAUCGUGGUGCUGAAGGUCGUGUUGAGCCGUUCCGGGGAAAGGACAAGCAGGUUCGCAACGAGUGCGGCCGUUGUGGUUCGUGGAGUCACAGCAGUGAUUCUCGUGAGUGUUAUGCACGUAGUGCGCAGUGCAACAAGUGUGGCUUUAUUGGUCACUAUGAACGGAUGUGUAAGACGGCCCAACAGUCGCUACGAGAAGGCCGCGGAAGUGGUUCAACCAAAUCCUAUUCAUGGAAACGCUCGGCUGAAGCGAAUGCUGUGCGAGAGGAGGACGAUUCCAAGCAGGAACAGUUCCGUCACGGCAACUCGGACAGCCAGAAGCAGGUUGACUCGAGUGUCAGUGGUUCGAUCAUUUGCAAAGUCGAUCAGACCCCAGUUCUUUUCUUGAUCGACUCGGGAGCGGCAAUUAACACUGUCACUGAAGAUAGCUGGCAUGAGCUUGUCAGAGAAAGUGCUGCUAUUUACAAGAAGCGAUACCAGUGUGACCGCCGUGUAACCGCUUACGCCAGUAAUGAUCCCCUUGAAGUUUUGCUUAUUUUUGAAGCCUGGAUCUCGAUUAAUGACACGAAACCAAAGGCCUACGCAGAGUUCUUCGUGGUUAAGGGUGGCAAAAAGUCGUUGCUCAGCAAGAGAACUGCGGAGGAAUUGAAAGUCUUGAAAGUUGGGCUAGAGGUUUGCGGUGUUGAUUUGCGCUGUCCGGCAUUCCCAAAGUUCCCGAACGUUCAGAUAAAGUUAUCGAUCGACCACAGUGUUCCGCCACGCAAGCUUGCGUACUUGAGGAUUCCCAUCGCCAUGGAGGAGAAAGUUGAUAUGAAGAUCAAGCAAAUGCUGGAGAGCGAUAUAAUUGAGCCGGCGGUCGGUCCACCGGAGUGGAUUUCACCCAUGGUGGUGGUUCCCAAGGGGAAUGACGAUAUACGUCUGUGUAUCAACAUGAAGUAUCCGAAUGAAGCAAUCCAACGAGAACACUACCCGUUACCGAUGAUUGACACGCUGCUUAACAAGCUUCGAGGAUCGACGUGGUUCUCGAAACUGGACAUCACAUCAGCCUUCCACCAUGUUGAACUGCACCCUGACUCUCGUGGAAUCACCACUUUCAUGACGAGCAUGGGUUUGAUGCGGUUCAAAAGGCUCACCUUUGGGAUUAAUGCUGCGCCCGAAAUGUUUCAGCGUAUCAUGUGUGGAAUGCUUGCGGGAAUAGAAGGAGUUAUCGUGUACAUCGAUGAUAUUGUCGUUUUUGGCGUGACCAAGGAGGAGCACGAUGGAAGGUUGGAGGAAGUGAUGGCGGUUCUCCGCGAAAACAACGCAACUCUCAACAAGCAGAAGUGCCUUAUCGGUGUCAGGCAGUUGGAUAUUCUCGGCUACAACGUUAGCGCUGCUGGAAUCAGCCCGUCCGAAGAGAAGAUCGCAUCCAUCAGGAACUUCAGGGAGCCCGAAUCUAAAGAGGAAGUUCGAAGUUUUCUAGGCUUGGUCAACUUCGUUGGGCAGUUUAUUCCGCACCUAUCAACCAGAUCGGAGCCGUUGCGACAAUUUGUGCGAGGAGAUACUGACGUGUUUGGAGAUAGCCAGCGAAAAGCUUUCGAUGAUCUUCGGAACGAGCUUUCUAGUACUGUUCGCCGAUUGGGAUUCUUUGAUCCGAAGGAUGACAUCGAACUGUACGUUGAUGCCUCUCCGGUGGGACUAGGGGCCGUGCUCACUCAAAGGAAUCAGGAUAACACUCCGCGAAUUGUAAGUUUCGCGUCAAAAGGCUUGACGAAGGCAGAGAGAGUUUAUCCGCAGACCCAACGUGAAGCCCUGGCGGUCGUUUGGGCUGUGGAGAAAUUCUACUCGUACUUGUUUGGCACGUUCUUCACCAUCUAUACGGACCACAAAACCCUGGAAUACAUAUAUGGAGGCAAACAUCGAGACGGCAAGCGAGCCUGCACAAGAGCAGAGGGCUGGGCGCUUCGCUUGCAACCGUACAGAUUUCGCAUGGAUCACAUUCCAGGGUCAAGCAACAUUUCGGACAUCCUGUCACGCUUGUGCCCGCCUUCAGAUGAACCUUUUGAUGAGGAAUCGGAGCACUAUCUGUGCGCUGUUAGCGAUGAAAUUACGGCAAUCACAUUAAGUGACAUCCGGGAUGCUACGACCAAGGACGAAACGCUGCUUGCGGUCAUGGAAGCGAUAAAAAGCCAAAAUUGGCCUUCCAUGCUCUUUCAAUAUCAAGCUUUCUCAAAGGAACUCGGCAUACUGGAUGGCAUCGUUGUUCGAGACGAUCGAAUCGUGCUACCAGCGAGCCUCAGGCCGAAGGCUCUGGAUAUUGCUCAUCGAGGCCAUCCAGGCAUAGUGAGCAUGCGGCGCCGGCUCCGCGAGAACGUAUGGUGGCCGUACAUGGACCGUGAUAUUGGAGAUCGUAUUGAAGAAUGUGCUGGAUGUGCCGCUGUGAGUGUUCAAGGACCACCAGAGCCCAUGUGUCGGAAGGAAAUGCCCGAUCGCGCGUGGCAGGACAUUGCCAUCGAUUUCUUCAGUGCAAAGGAUUGCUGUACUUUCCUGGUGAUUGUUGAUUACUACAGCCGCUUUCUGAAGGUGAUAGAAAUGAACGGAACAACUGCUGGGAAAACCAUCGAGGCGCUCCAAACUGUUUUUGAUGAACAAUCCUACCCGGAAACCAUACGGUGCGAUAACGGCCCGCCCUUUUCGAGCGAGGAAUUCGCACAGUAUUGCUUACGUAAGAACAUCCGACUGGUCCGUACGAUCCCUUACUGGCCACAAAUGAAUGGAUUAGUUGAACGCUUGAAUCAGGGCAUUCUGCGCUCCAUGCGGAUUGCAAGAGCAACCAGUAUCAGCUGGCGUACUGCAAUAAAGGAUUACGUCCAUAUGUACAACACCACUCCUCACACUAUGACGGGAAAGGCGCCGUUGGAAUUGCUAACGGGAAGACCAGUUAAAGACCUGCUACCAUCGCUGCGAACUGAGCCUUAUUGGAACCGGGAUGAGAAUGUCCGUGACGAUGACGCCAUCAAGAAGAUGAAAGGAAAGCUUUACGCUGAUAACCGUAGACAUGCAAAGACGUCCGAGAUAGCCGAAGGGGAUACAGUAUUGCUGCGGAAUUACGAAAAGGGGAAGCUGGAGCCAAACUUUAAUCUCGAAAAGUUCAAGGUUGUUUCGAGAAAUGGCACUGAUACCAUCGUGGUCAACGGAGAUGGCGUAACUUACCGCCGUCCGGUGGCACACCUGAAGAAGUGGGUCGAGCCGACGCAAACAGGAAGAAUGCAGGCCGAGGAAAAUCCACCAGAGAGCGCUGCAACCGAGAAAUCUAGAUUGCCAAGCCGGGAACAUACUCCAACGAUCGAUGAUUCGGGUUCUAGUCGACCCAAGAGGGCUAGGAAGCUCCCAGCGCGGUUCAGCUAAUUGAGCACACAAGGGAUGUAGAGUCGAGAAUCAGCCACUUUACCCUAGGUCGAGAGUGAGUUGGCGAGCGAGAGCGGGAGAUUGACGAGAGAGGGAGAGGGAAGCGGGCUUGACGAGAGAACGGUAAAAGUGCUAGAGUUAGUUGCUCACGAUCAAUUGUAGAGAACGGUUGAAUAAAAUUAGUUGGUGCGUGCGAGUCAAAAAGUGAUUUGUUUUAAAUUCUACAAGUGGUCCGAAAGUGAGCAGUUUUAUUCCCCCCCGGCGGAUUCU